CCACUGAAGCAAGAAAGGAAUUUCCUUGUUCUUUCUUUGGUUCCCACUGAAGCAAGAAAGGAAUCUAAAGAACGAAGCCGAUGGGCGACCACCGCUAUAAUUUUCCUUCCCUCUUCCCUCUUCCCAUCUCUCCAAUUCAUCUCUCCACGCACGCACGCUCUCACAAUUCGCAAAUCUUUAUCCUUCUCAAGAUGGGUCUCUCCCUCACUUAAUCCCCCCCACGACCGUUUUCUUCUGUUACUUUCUUAUACCCUAUCUGUGAUCAAUCACACUGUAGUUUUCUUUUCGGGUGCUCUGUUUCUUCAAAUGGGCGUUCCGGAUUCGCUGUGGGUGGUCCUCGCGGUCGCUUGGCUAUGCUUCCAAGCGCAGGUCCUGCACUCUCAAGAGGACCUCGUGUGCAAUUCGAGCGAUUCCAAUGCAUUGCUAGACUUGAUGAGCAACUUUGAGUCCCCAAUCGAUGGUUGGGGACUCAACGGCUACGCUAAUAAUUGCUGCGACUGGCUGGGCGUGGUGUGCAACUCUUCGUCUUCUCUCGGCCUGAGCGACGGUCACUCCAGUUCGGGCAGAGUGGUGGAGUUGGUCCUCGCGAGCAAGAAGCUUGCGGGUAACCUCUCGGACUCGAUCGGCAAGUUGGACCAGCUGAGAUUCCUCAAUCUCUCUCACAACCUCCUCAAGAGCACACUCCCGGAGUCGCUCCUCCACCUCCCUAAUUUGCAGGUUCUCGAUCUCAGCUACAAUGAAUUCUCGGGAGCGGUCCCCAAAGGCGCCAAUUUGCCCUCGCUCCGCGCUUUCGACAUCUCUGAGAACUCUUUCAGUGGGUCUCUGCCCGUGUGGAUUUGCGCGAACUCGACCCGCAUUCAGGUGCUUAAUCUGGCUGUCAAUUCUUUCUCUGACGUUAUCCCGCCGGGUCUCGGCAAUUGUAGCUCCUUGCAGAACCUUUCUCUGGCCACGAAUAGUCUCACGGGUGGGAUCAGUGAAGAUAUCUUCACUCUGGGUCGGUUAGUCCAAUUGAGCCUUGAGGAGAACUCGUUUUCAGGGCCGCUUGGCAGCGGGAUCGGUAAUCUCACGGAACUGGUUCGGCUGGACAUCUCGACAAACAGAUUCUCAGGGUCACUCCCGGAUGUGUUUCAGAACAUGAAGAAGCUGCAGUACUUCAUAGCUCAGACCAAUGGCUUCGGGGGCUCCAUCCCGUCUUCCUUGUCCAAUUUGCCAUCGCUUACGUUUCUCAAUUUGAGGAACAACUCGCUGACCGGUAUGAUAGUUCUUAAUUGUUCGGCAAUGAGCCGUCUGGUGUCUCUGGAUUUAGGUUCCAACAAUUUCAGUGGUCCUGUCCCUGAGGAUUUGCCCAAUUGCCAGCAGCUGCAGAGUGUUAACCUUGCACGGAGCAAGUUCACAACCCCGAUACCUCAAAGCUUCAAGAACUUCUCCAGCCUUGUUUACCUGUCGAUAUCGAAUUCGAGCCUAUCGAAUAUCUCAUCUGCACUCGAGAUCCUUCAGCACUGCAACAAUCUGACAGUUUUGGUUCUCACUCUGAAUUACUUUGAUGAAGAAUUGCCCGGCGAUGCGAGUUUGAGUUUUCCAAAGCUUGAGGUUCUUGUCAUGGCGAAGAGUCGACUGAAGGGUUCGAUGCCCCAGUGGUUGCGCGGAUGCACCCGUUUGCAGUUGCUGGAUUUGUCCUGGAACAGUUUGGGUGGAACGAUCCCGUCGUGGAUCGGUGACUUCCAAUCUCUCUUUUAUCUGGACAUAUCGGAGAACUCGUUCGUGGGCGAGAUCCCGAAAGAGAUAACCGGAUUGCCUGCCCUCAUCCACAGGAAUAUGUCAAUCUUGGAACCUUCUCUUGAUUUUCCGCUCUUCUGGAAGAGGACUAAGCAGUCGGGGGUGCUGCAGUACAAACAACUUACAAGCUUGCCACCUCUUGUGGAUCUCGGAGGCAACUCUCUCAACGGAUCAAUCUGGCCCGAGUUCGAGAAUUUGAAAAAUGUUCAUAUCUUGGUUCUCAGCAAUAACUUCUUAUCAGGUUCGAUUCCUGACAGUUUAUCCGAAAUGACUAGCCUAGAGACUCUCAAUCUGUCUUACAACAAUCUGUCCGGAAGUAUACCUUCCUCAUUAGCGCGUCUCAGCUUUCUGUCUAGGUUCAGCGUUGCAUAUAACAACUUGUCCGGGCCGGUUCCUAGCGGGGGCCAAUUCACGACCUUUCCCAAUUCGAGUUUUAUAGGAAACAACCUGUGUGGUGGUCAUGCUCCCCCCUGCCCAACAAGUCCUGGAUCCACCAAUCAUAGUGAAAAUCAUUCUGGAUCUGCCGAUCAUGCUAUGAGCGAUAGAAACCUUGGAAUGACCAUUGGACUUGCAUUCGGAAUGGCCAUUGGAAUUGCAUUGGGAACAACCAGGAUCGGUAAUUCGUGUUUGCGUGUCAUAAUUGGAUUUUGUGAUCGUUUUAAAUCGUGUCAUUAAAAAAUUUGAAAAAAAAAAGGAUAACUUACUCAUGUAUUGGUAUUUUUUUUGAUAAAUUCCUAAUAUUGUUAGUAAUUCACGGUCCAAUUCUCUCAAAAAUCACCAACUUUAGAUUGAUUUUCAAUUCUGGCCAACAGUUUUUUUCUUAUAAAAAAUUACUAACUUCCGGGCCCGCCCCCGUACAUGUUCCCUUUGACUUUUCGUCCAAUGAUAAAGGUCUGACAUGUCAACUCCACAUGUACAUAUCUCCAUGUCACUUGCUGACGUGGAUUUGAGGCAGUGAAGCGGGCACCGUUACGGUGUGCUUCGUUUUGUCUGGUUGAAGCCCCAGUCUCUCGUCCAGUUCCAUUCUCGAAGAAGAAGAUGCAAUUUAGAAUGUUCGCCGCCUUCAAGAGCUUCAGCAGGAAACUGCACGAAACUGCGCCUUUCUCCACGGGGAAGCAAAGCUAAUUGUUGACUCCAGAAGAAUCCAGUUUGUCCACGCGAACUCUUCAUUGUCAAAGUCCGAAUCCAAGUCGGACGCGGCCGCAUGCUUCUUCACAUUCCCAGUUCUCGAUACGUUUGGCAGCCACCGAGUCGCGUGAAUAUUCGGGGCAUCGCCGACCUGAUUCUCUUCGUGAAAACGGAAAUCACAAUUUCAGCCAGAGAAAGAGCAAGUGGUGGAUACCAAAAGAUUGGAAUCGGUCCCUAUUGAUUAUGAAGCAACUGCUAUACUUUAGCCAUUGAUGUAAGACAAGAUGCAAGAACACCUUCACGGUGUUCUAAUUUAGGCAGAGUGAAGGGUUGGCCGCUGAAUGAAUAUUUUCUGAAGCUGCUGUGAACAUUUCAUAUUUAUAUCCUAGAUAGCAUUCAGAUUUCCUUCUUU